UCCAGUACCGCAUGCGGACUAUCGUUUACCUGCAUGGAUGGAAUGUGUCGCUGUCCCGAAGGACACGGAAUUAAAUCCAUGGAUACUGUCACGUGUGUGCAAGUUCUUGAUUCACCUUGUUCAGAAAUUGCCCUAUGUAGCGACCCCAGCAAAAAAAGAUACAAAUUUGACUUGUUUUCAAUUCCGUUCUAUGACACCACAACGCCUACCAAUGUGGUCUACAAAUCACAUUACUGCAAUGUGGAAAACAUAUGCAAGUGUGCUCCGGGAUAUAAAAGAUCCUCGAACGGCUCAGGAUGCCAACCAUUAUAUGGUUCGCAUUGCACUUCUUCACAAGACUGUCGAGGGGACUCGUCAAUAUAUACCGAAGGCUACAGGUGCACAGCCAAUGUUUGUGAAUGCAACAGCAACUUCUACUCCUACCUUGAUUAUAACGACUAUCGUGAAGACACAAGUAGCCCAACACCCGGAUGGUAUCAUGUCAACGUGUACACAUGUAGACCAAUUAUUGGGAAAGAGUGCCUUUUCGGCGGUUCUGAUUUGGCCGAUGGGGCAGAAUGCAGACAUACGGACACACUACAGUACAACACAAAUUACUAUCCAACUACUUUGACAAUGCAGUGCAUAUCUGGCGUCGAGGAAAACGGCAGGUGUAAAGAAAUUCUGGGUAGCGACUGCAGUCAAUUUGGCGAGACAUGUAAGCUGGUCGAGAACGCGGAAUGUAACCAGAUUAAAGUAUGCACGUGUAAACAAGGAUUCUGGCAGAACGGGGAUGCAUGUUUUAAAUACACAGGAACAGAUGUAGCUACAGCGUCAGUGUGUUAA